CUCUACCUCUUAAUCAUUAACAUAAAUUCGGGAGCCAAAAACAUCGAACUUAAACGUUGCAUGCUUGCAAGUAUUCUUACUUUGAAGCGCUUUUAUUUGUCGGAAAACAUUUUCAGAAGCCGAGAUUUGAUUGGUGGGAUUAAUCUUGCUGUGUCCAAGUUGAAGAAGCUUUGGUAGUCACUAGCUACUACGAUGGCGGCAACAGUUGCAAGAAUCUGCCUGCAGUCAGUGCUGAAAGCAGUGAACUCACUUUUGGGAAUGGUUGGAAUUGCAAUGCUUUUGUAUGGUCUUUGGAUGGUUAGGGUUUGGCUGAGGGACUUUGACGGUUCACCCUUUGAUCAUCAUAAUGUUUUUCCUCCAUGGUUUAUAUGCACUUCUCUUGGCGCUGGAUUUACCUUAUGCAUGGUAACAUGCAUAGGUCUUGUUGCUGCAAAGUAUGCAAAUGGUUGUUGCCUCUCUUUUUACAUGUUGAUCAUCUUUUUGGUGAUUCUAUUGGAGUUUGCAGUGGCUGCAGAUAUACUUUUAAAUUCAGAAUGGGAGAAGGAUUUACCAUAUGACCCGACGGGAAAGUUCAAUGAUUUCAAAGAUUUUGUCGAGUCAAACUUAGACAUAUUUCAGUGGAUAGGUUUGUUCAUCGUUUUAGCACAGGGGUUGUCAAUCGUACUAGCCACAGCUCUAAGGUCUGCAGGGCCAAACCGAAGAUCCAGCUACGACGGCGAUGAAGAGUGUCCCUCGGAAAGACUCCCGCUCAUAAACCCUAAUGGUCACCGGCCGGAAUACAUUAUCGCUGCCAAAAACGGUAAUUGGAAUUCAAGCAAGUAAUGUAGAACAAAAGGCUGGGUGGAUUGAGAGGAGAAUGGACUGACGGAAGUCUAAAAGACGCAGCGAGAAUUUGCAUAUUUGGCAUUCGAGUCCCGAUGUAGACCCAUGAUACCUUUGUGGAAAGAGAUUGACGUCCAUUUCAAACUCAUAGCUUUGUUAUGACGUAUGAUGUAUUUUGGUCAUCCGAGGCUGUUUAGACUUCCAAAAUUGCAUUUCGAAUUAUGUAAUAAAAAUCAAACUUUUCUUUU